GCCCACAACCUGGACAUGUGCCCUGACCGGGAAUUGAACUGGUGAAUUCUUGGUUCGUGAGUCGACAACGUCCAGGCUAAAAUCCACUUUUUAAAUGUAGUAUAAAACAUUCUAGAAAGCAGUUUGCCAGCAAAAUUUAAUGCCUUAGUGUGUGUUCUGAAGUCCAAUCAUUAGCUGUAUAGGUGACAUGUUUAAUACUUUCUCCUGUUCUCUUAUCCAACCCCAAGGCUACUUGCUUAAGAAAUAAGCUUCUCAGAUCAAUUUCAGGGUUUUAUAGGGGUGGGGUAUCGGGAGGAGGCCUUUAUUCUGAAGCUUCCAUGGCUCCAAAAGAUGCUCUAUUAGUAAAUAUUUUCAUUAUAGAAAAAAAUGUAAUUUGCUGCUGAGGUCUUUGUUUCAGUAGUUCUAGAAUGUGAGAGUUGAAACAAAAACUUAGUCCAAAUGCCUGGUUUUAGAUAAGGAAACAGGUUAAGUCACCUAUCACAAGGCAAGGGAAGUUCUCUGUAAAGUCAGUUCUAGUCUUUCGUUCUCGUCGGUUGAGUAAGCUCACGGUUCUACUAUACAAGGCUUGUAAUGGCUAUUUUAUAAUAAAACCUGCAAACAAAAUCUAGUAUUUUUCUUUAUGUGUAGGAAAAUAAAAUAUACAUUGAAUACCUUCUCAUUACAGAGAAAAAUGCUGCUAUGAAGACAUAAUUAUAUCUUUCACAUAAAUGAAGCUACUACUAUCAUGAUUUUAGCGCCGCAGAAAAGAAGAGCUUCAGUGGACAAGAGGGCAUUUUGGGGGGUAGUAGAAUGCUUGAGGCCUGGAAUUUAAACUUGAGCUACUUCCUGAAGCUAUUAAAUAAUAGAAGAAAAUGGGAUUGAAUAUGGUAUCAGCAUGGAACAGUCUCAUGAUUCAUUAAUAGUCAACCAUAAUGAUCCUGAAGAUUCAAAAACAGACUCUCAGCAUUCAACCUGUAUGGACUCCAGGGAUCCUUCCUUUGGACAAAAUAGUUGUGGUAGAAUUUUACCUAUCACUAUUCAUGAAGAUAAUUCACUCACAUCACAGAAUAUACCAGGGCCCCUGACUCAGGCACAGACUCUUUCUACAGAGCAAUUUGACCUAGUGGACCAAACUGGGCAACCUGUUCCAUAUGAACUUCAGUCUUUGGGGGAUUCUAAUGCACAAAUGGCUUAUGCAUUUGAUGUCUUUUUUAAUGCUCCCAAGAUGAUUGUUCCCAAAUCAUCAGAAAAUGGACAGAUGCUUCGUGUAAUUCCAUCUACCCAGACAGAAAUGGCACAAGUGAUUAUACCUCAGGGGCAACUUGUGGAUAUGAAUAGUCCUCGGGAUACCUCUGAAGAGAAACCCAGCAACAGAAACUUACCAACUGUAAGAGUGGAUGCUCUAGCAGACCAUAGCAGUAGUUAUAUUGUGCAUCCACAAGCAUCCCUCACAUUGCCCCAAAAGACAGUGACCAGAAUACUUGAAGAACCGUUACUGGCUCCUCUCCAGCCACUUUCUUCUAACACUCCUAUAUGGGCCUGCCGUCUUAGGAGCUGUGAGAAAAUUGGAGAUUCAUACCGGGGCUACUGUGUAAGUGAGACUGAAUUAGAAAGUGUUUUAACAUUUCACAAGCAGCAAACACAGAGUGUUUGGGGCACCCGCCAGUCUCCAAGCCCAGCCAAGCCAGCUACACGUUUGAUGUGGAAAUCCCAGUAUGUCCCAUAUGAUGGAAUUCCAUUUGUCAAUGCAGGGAGUAGAGCUGUGGUAAUGGAGUGUCAGUAUGGGCCAAGGAGAAAAGGUUUCCAGUUAAAAAAAAUCAGUGAGCAGGAAAGCAGGCCUUGUCAACUCUACAAAGCCACUUGUCCAGCUCGAAUUUACAUUAAAAAGGUACAAAAGUUUCCUGAAUAUAGAGUUCCUACAGACCCCAAAAUUGAUAAGAAAAUAAUACGAAUGGAGCAAGAGAAAGCCUUUAACAUGCUAAAGAAGAACUUGGUAGAUGCUGGUGGUGUUCUUAGGUGGUAUGUACAGUUACCUACACAGCAAGCUCAUCAGUAUCACGAAUUAGAGACUCCCUCCCUCCCUUUGUCACCUUCCCCCUUUCCAAUGUCCUCUCUUGAAGAAGAGGAAACUGCAGUUAGAGAUGAGAAUUGUACAUUACCCUCACGUCUACAUCCUCAAGUAGCACAUAAGAUUCAAGAUUUAGUAUCACAAGGGAUAGAACAAGUGUAUGCAGUAAGGAAACAGCUAAGAAAGUUUGUAGAAAGAGAACUAUUCAAACCUGAUGAGAUCCCUGAAAGACAUAAUUUAUCCUUCUUUCCAACUGUGAAUGAUUUAAAAAACCACAUCCACGAAGUACAGAAAUCCUUGAGAAAUGGAGAUAAUGUAUAUAACUCGGAGAUUAUUCCAGCAACGCUUCAAUGGACUACGGACAGUGGGAAUAUUCUCAGAGAGACUGUGACAGUUACAUUUGCAGAAGGAAAUUCACCAGAAGAAUCAACUACCACCAAAGUGGAAAUAAAUCACACAAGGGAUUCUUUGUCUCCAGAACCAGCCCAUUUGCUCUCCUCACUUUCUUCAUUUCAGCCAAAAAUAUUCACACAACUACAGGGUUUACAGUUGCAACCAAGAUUUACUUCUGAUGGAUCACCGGCUUUGAUACCAGUAAAUGACCACCCCUCCUCUAGUCCUUCAAGACUUCCAGAUUCAGUGGGAAGUACUAUAAUGAAUAAUAAUUCUCUACAGCUUGGUCAAAGUCACAGCCUUCAAACAGAUACAUGCCUUACCCAAAACAAUAGUAUUGCCUCUACCAUGGAUAAACUUCCAGGAUCAGAUCAAAAUCUGGUUGCAGUGGAUAAGCUGAUAGAUGUUGGAGAUGUUGAAGAUACAGAGAAUCUGGAAGGAAGUGUUCGUCGGAUUCUGUUGGGAAAUGUGCAGUCCAUUCCAAUACAGAUUAUAGACAGCCACCCAGCUCUUAUUGAAGAAAAUCCAGAAGAUACCAUUUCUGUGAACCAAGUUAAACAAGAACCCAAAGAACCAGCAUUGACUAUGGAAGAAAAAAAAUUGAACUGUAGAAACUGGAACUAUCAAUAUUUUCAUUUGUUGCCUUUGUCCAUGAUGGUUGCUCUACCUCCAGUGCUGAUCAGAGCUCAUACAGGAAGAAUGGAAUGUGUAAAGGCCUGUGCUGGGUUAUUUUGGAGGUAUUUUAAAGGAGCCAGCAUUGGAUGUCUUGGAGGUCCUAUCACAAUCUGGUCAACUUGGAAACAGCGUGCUUUCUGAGGCCCUCUGAGUCUCCAGCACAGGGUCUCUCCAAUGAUGAUGGGAAGUUUGCUGACUGCUGGAACAUAUGAAACAAGAUGGGAUGUUAGUUGAUAAUUUUGAAAGAUCGGUGCUGAUAUGUAUGUGGGAUUUCAUUAUACUGGUUUACUUUUGUAUAUGCUUGAAAUUUUUCACAAUAAAAAAAUUUAAAACUG